AAAAGUGAUUUAAUAUAUUUUAAACGGAAUUCUUAAAGAUUUAAAAAAUACUAACUAAACUAAAAAUCAAUAAUAGAGAACAAAGUGAAUAUGUUUUGUAAAACAACUGAACGCAAUAAUAUUUUAUUAGUGGUGUAGUCGAAAAUUUUGUGGAUUCAUGAAUUUACAGCGUAGAUUAAUAUCCUACGGUGCAGCAUACAAAUUUAUAAACAAAUUGGUACCGUUCAGCACUCAUUAUUUUACGAGAUACUUUGGGUAUUUAAAAACGGUUCAGCUAUCAUUUAUUAUUUUGAGAUAAAUAUAUAUUGUUUUAGCGUUAAGCCAGUGUCGACUGAAUUUCUUAUAAAGUGUAAUUAUUAACAUUAAAACUGAAGUGAAAAGUGUGUAAAUUGGUCUGCAUUGGAUUCAUACCAAACAUAUAUCUGUGCAUAACAUACUCCUGUCACCAAAUUUGGUGGACGUUCGGUCAUUGUUUGUUAUAACAUCAAAAUAUCUUUCGAAGAAGAUUGUAGGGCCGAUAGGCCCAUGGUGCAGAGAGGACCAUCUACAGAUGCUCCACUGGUUGCAUCUGGUCGUGAACCUAGAUUUGGUCUAGGCCAUUCUAGUUACCAAAGUGGAUAUAAUAAAUUAUUUACCCAGAGUUCCGCUGAUUCUAACUAUUCUCAACCCUCGUCCGAUCUGUCGCUUGACGAUGAAAAAGAAACACUUCGACGAGAAAGAGAAAGGCAUGCUCUAAGCCAAUUGGAAAAGGCGAGGGGUAAACCUGUAGCUUUUGCAGUACGAACGAAUGUUGCAUAUGAUGCUACGGUUGAUGAUGAUUCGCCAGUUCAAGGAAGUGCCGUGUCAUUUGAAAUAAGAGAAUUUCUUCACAUUAAAGAAAAGUAUGAUAACAAUUGGUGGAUUGGAAGGUUGGUUAAAGAGGGUUGUGAUGUCGGGUUUAUUCCAAGUCCAGUUAAGUUGGAACAUAUUCGUAUACAGAACCAGACGAGGCCAUCCAGAUUAUAUGGUACUAAAGUCUCUUCAGCAAAUAACGUAGGAGCUGGGGAAACAAUGCGUGGUAGUACACCACCAACACCUGGUGAUGAAUCCGAUUCCUUAGGCGCUAGUCGCCAAGGAAAAACUACAAUUACGAAUUCAUUAAAUAAAGACAAGCGUAAGCCAUUUUUCAAAAAGCAAGAUACUGCUUCACCUUACGACGUAGUUCCAUCUAUGCGACCAGUUGUUUUGGUUGGUCCUAGCCUUAAGGGGUAUGAAGUCACAGAUAUGAUGCAAAAGGCUCUUUUUGACUUUUUAAAACACCGUUUUGAAGGAAGAAUUAUAAUUACACGGGUAAUGGCUGAUAUAUCUCUAGCAAAGAGAUCUAUUAUGAACAACCCUACAAAACGCGCUAUCAUGGAAAGGUCCAGCAGUCGGUCAGACUGUCUCACUAAGGUUCAAGAAGAAAUUGAACGUAUAUUUGAACUGGCGAGAACUCUACAAUUGGUAGUUCUUGACUGCGACACAAUAAACCAUCCUUCACAACUAGCGAAAACUUCAUUGGCGCCUACUAUUGUAUAUCUAAAAAUAAGCAGCAGUAAGGUUUUACAAAGGUUGAUUAAAUCAAGGGGAAAAUCUCAAGCUAAAAAUCUUUCAGUUCAAAUGGUUGCUGCUGAAAAACUAGCGCAGUGUCCCUCAGAGAUGUUUGAUGUGAUACUUGAUGAAAAUCAACUGGAGGAUGCAUGUGAGCAUAUUGCUGAAUACCUAGAAACUUAUUGGAGGGCAACGCAUCCGGAAAUAAGUGUCGUUGGCUCUAUUCCCAAAUCAAUGAUUGUACAGAACUCAUCACCAAUGGCAGAUCAAAAUAGAUUUAAUUCAACAUCCACAGAAAGUUCAACGUUUCAACGUAGCCAACGGCAAUACUAUGGUCAUCAUAUAGAGGAAGAUUUUGUUGAACCUCCGAGCGAACAAAUCAGAUAUGAAAGACAAGAGCGUGAAGUGAAACGAUUACAGCAUAUUGAUAGAGAUAUUUUGCAUUACAGAAAGGAAAAAAUUAAUUUCUUAGAACCAGAAGAAUCUUCGUACAUAGUUGAUCAUAAUGUUUCACCAAAAAUGUAUUCUUCUACUAAUACACGUCCCCUUCGUGGACGUUUUUCAGAAUCGGAUGGCACAUUACCAACAGUAAUGAAUGACAAUGUGGUGAUCGACCGCGAUGAGUUUGGUACUAAUAGAAUUGUUACUAGCGGCCGAAGAGCCUUAAAUGCUAUAUAGGAAUCAUGGAUAUAAGGUUGUCGACAAGCCUAAUAAGUUUUAAUAUCUAAGUUUAUGUCUAAAAUAUUGUUCUGUCGCAUGUGUCACUACAUUUUCAACGGUAAAAAAGUAUUAAUUGAAAUAAUUCAAACACCUAUAUGACUGCAAAAUAUAGUGUUGAAGUAAAACGUGCUCCAAAAUCGA